AUGCCCGUCGCGAUGGCACUGGACGUUUGCAGACGAGAGCUCCUGCUCCGACAGGCUGCGGCCAGAAACGAGCACAGUUCCAAGCAACUGCGAGAGGAGGAGGAGCUGAGAUCUCUGCGUAGUGAGCUGCAGAUCCUCGCCCAAGCUGCCGUGACGACGUGUUCACAGAGGCUGGAAGAGGACACGUCUUUGCUUCGGCAGCUGGAGGGAACACGCUCAACUCUGCUCCGCCUGUCUGCGGAGCUCCGCUCGGUACAGGCCCAGAACGAGAGGCUCAGGGACGCAGCUGCGGCUCGCGCCCUGCAACGAGAGGAGCAGAGGGAGCUCCAGGAAAAGGCCGCCAAGCUUCGGAGGGCGCUGGAGAAAGCCACAGCUUGCCGGGAUAGGCUCCAGAGGCAGACGUCGGAGCUGGAGGAUCAGGCUGCCACGCAGCAGCGACUGGCACGCGCCUACGAGGAGGGGGCCGAGGAGCUCCGAACCGAGUUGCGGCAUGCACUGCGUCACCUCAAGGAGCAGGCCAGGCCAGAGCAUACCUUCGCUGAGGAGUCGAAGAGCAGUGCUGCCAGCUCACACUUCCGGGACGGAUCUGAGAUCUGGGAGCCUCUGCUUGAAGGCACAGGGGCAUCGGCGGCAUCGGGCAUCGGUUUCGGUUGGCAUUUCCUGCAGACUUCUGCCUCGGCAGGCGACCCGAUGGCGGCGUUCCAGUUCCCUGCGGAAGCAGCGCGCAGAGAUGCCUUGGAGCAUCGACCAGACCUGGCGGUUCAAAUGGGCAGCGCGCGCUUGGAAUUGCUCGACUCCGUAGGCAAACGCGACUAUUGUAGCUUGCCUGGGUUUGUACUGCUUCUGUCGUUGCGCCGGUUCCUUGCGGAGAUUCUCUGCCUCGGGAGGCUAUCGAGGUUCGCACCUCGGGCCGCGAGGGCCAUGACGAUCGGCAUCGACCUCCUGCGCAAAGACAAGGGUGGAGAUCCGGAGGUGGUCAGGGAGUCCGAGCGACGGCGCUUCCGUGACCCCAAGAUCGUGGAUCAGGUGCUAGAGCUGGAUGGUUUGUGGGUCAAGCAAAAGUUCCAGCUGGAUGAGAAGCGCAAAGAGGUGAAUAAGGUGCAAAGCCAAAUCACCGAGAAGAAGAAGGCCUCCAAGGGCCAAGAUAAGUGUGAGGACCUGCUGCAGCAGAAGACGGCCCUUGAGGGGGAGGCAGCAGACUUCGAGAAGGUCGUGGAAGAGACCCAAGCCAAGAGGGACAAGCUCCUUGGUGCCAUUGGAAAUCUGGUCCACGACACUGUUCCCGUCUCCCAAGAUGAGGACAAGGACAACAAGGUGGUUGCUACCUGGGGAGUUCCUCGCAGCUUCGAGGGCAAGACCUACCAGGCAAACGGCUUCCGGCCGCACUUCGAGCUGCUCGAGAUGAUCGGUGCCGUUGAGUUCGACGCCGGGCUCGAGGUCGCCGGCCACCGGGGCUACUUCUUGUCGGGCCCCGGUGUGCUGCUGAACCAGGCGUUGAUCAACUAUGGUCUGGCCUUCCUCUCGCAGCGCGGCUACACUCCCCUGCAGCCACCCUUCUUCAUGAAGAAGGAUCUGAUGGCCAAAACGGCUGAGUUGGCUGACUAUGACGAUGUCUUGUACAAGGUCAUUGAAGACAAGGAGCAUCCAGAGCUGGACAAGUACCUCAUCGCUACCUCGGAGCAGCCAAUCUCCGCGUUCCAUCGAGGUCAGACGAUCGACAAGACCCGCUUCCCGCUCCGCUACGUCGGCUACUCGUCCUGCUUCCGCAGGGAAGCCGGGAGCAGCGGUCGGGAUAUUCGCGGGAUCUUCCGGGUUCACCAGUUCGAGAAGAUCGAGCAGUUCGUGCUUACCGACCCAGAGAAGUCUUGGGAGGAGCAUGAGUCCAUGAUCGCCAUGGCGCAGGAGUUCUACCAGAGCCUGGGCAUUCCUUAUCGAACCGUGGCGAUCGUUUCCGGAGAGCUGAACAACGCAGCUGCCAAGAAGUACGAUCUAGAAGGAUGGUUCCCAGGCGACAACGAGGGGAAGGGCAAGUACAGAGAGCUGGUGUCUUGCUCGAACUGCCUGGACUACCAGGCCCGGGCGAUGCAGACCAAGUUCGGCUACCGGCCAGAGGACCCGUUUUGCCACAUGCUCAACAGCACGCUCUGCGCAACGGAACGAGCCCUGUGCAGCAUCGUUGAGAACUACCAGGAGCAGGACGGCGUGCGAGUCCCUCGUGCCUUGGUUCCUUUCCUGCUGGGCCAGGAGUUCUUCCCUUUCGUGAAGACGGUGAAGGAAGAGCGGCCUGCCGCGAAGGGCAAGGCGAAGAGCAAGAAGUGA